GUCAACACUGCUGCACUAACCGAAAGAAGCAGCAAAAGACGAGACAGAAACCCAGUGAAAUGGUUCACUGCGCAUGCGUGGAGGCGGCUAAAUUCAAAAGUGAAGACGUUAGCAUCGAGGCUCGUUGACGUUAGCUGUUCACAUCGACCCAGCUAGAAAUAAGCGAUAUGAGUCAUUACGUGUUAGUUAAGGAGUAAUAUAACAACUUCAACCGUUGUUAAAGACAAACCAGGGAAUUAGCUGGUCGCAACUACAAGUUGAAAAUGGAGCCUCUGGAUCCUGCCAAGAAUGAGGAAGAACGUAGAUUCUCCAGGCGGCGCAUUUCUUCGAUUUUAAAAGCGCCACGAAGAUCAGUGAGAUUUCCUGAACCGCCAGAACAGGAAUAUGUGGUGGAGUGUGCCAACCCAGUGGAGAAGAGGAACUCAAGAAGAGUCAGUUUUGCCCCCGCAAACGAUGUUCUUUUGUUCUCAAAGGAUGUGAAAAAUGGCUCUCCUGUCCGAAGUCCUUUACAAGACUUAAUGACUUCAACAUCAGCAGCAACUCAAAAUAGGCUCCAGGUGGAAGUCACUGAAGAUGGGAUUCAACCAAUUAUAGGAAUGGAUACUCUGCUGAACGCUCCUCUACAUGCCUCUCAGCAAAGUGAAACGGCCGUCUUUGACACCGGUUAUGGCUUGGGGGAGAAAACGGUGGUGUUUUCUACGGAUGACGCAUUUUUGGACAUGACCCAAAGUCACACUAUAAACAUUGACGCAGGAUUAGACAUUUCCUUCCAAAACUACGACUCUUUACCCGCCAGAGGACAGAAGAGGGUGAUGCUCACUGCCGGUGAUGGUGCCAUGGCUUUGACCCCGGCGCACAAUGUGAACGUUAGGUCUGUAUCUGUACUCACAAGCAGAAAUUUGGAUGCAGGAGCUGAGAACAUCUCAUCAGCACCUAUUCUAGACGCUGGAUUUGAAAACUUUCUCGCAAGUUUCUCCAAACCAAGUGAGCCCAGCGCGAAUCCUGCGAUCACCCCGAUGACGCCGGCUGCGUCGUCUGACCGUGCGAACCGCUCCGUGGCCCAGGUGACCGCACAAAAGGCCGGCCUGGACAAAGAAAAUCAGGCUCCAACUUCUGUGUCGUUUGUGAUGGAGAAGUCCCAAAGUACAUCCAGGAAGAGCGGUGGGUCAUGUCAUGGAAGGGCACUCUGUCCUGAAGAUGAUGUAAGCACAGAUAUGAAUGAGACUCCGGCUGGCGGCAUUGUGGGAUUCACUGAAGAAGAUGACGUCUUUCAGUGUCUGUUCCCCACACAAGAAAUGUACUCUCAACUCGACAACAGAGUGUCACAGGCAGAAGAGGAGACCCAGCAGCAGCAGAUCAAUAAACCACAGGCCCCAUACAACCCUAAAGAUAUGACAUCGUUGAGGAAUCCAUCUCUACAUGAUUUGAGUCAAAGACACACGCAGGCCGAGACACGCGUUCUGCCUCGAAACAGUUCAGCACACAGCCGUCGCGCCGUCACAAGAACGACACCUACAGCUGCAGAACCUCCUCCCACCGGUGACUCAGUGAACGGGGGAACGAUCUGCGCAGAAGAGGAUGUGUUCAUCAACAUGGCUGAAGCUCAAACAGGCCGGAAACUAAGAGGCACAUUUACAGAUGAUUCUGUUCCCUUUCACGUGUGGGGAACAGGGGACACGUGCAGCCCAAGUGGUAGUUUGAAGAAAGCAGGGCUGAGUUCACGGCGGGAAUCAUCUAACCGCGAAGGUAUGGAUAACUUGCCAUGGGCUCCUUUGCAGGCGAAGGCGCAACAUCAGAUUACAUUUGAUGCUGAAGACGAGACCAGAAUUCCUGCUGACGUUGCAACUGAGGUGGACUUCCCACCCGCUUGUGGGGAGAAGACGGUGAGGUUCACUGCAUCCGACGCCGCUAUGGAUGUGACGAGCUGUCACACCGUAAACAUCGCCAAAUGCUUUGAACCACAGUCCGACCCAAACACGGGCUCCUUACCGGCUGGCUGGGAGCAAACAGUAAGGUUCUCCUCGGCUGACGCUGCGAUGGAUAUGACCCAGUUCCUCAGUGUGCAUUUUGACCACAUUCCAGCGUCCGAUUCACUUCCACACCGAGAUGCUGACAUUUUACCCACCCAUGAAAACAUGAAUUAUCCUUUAACGGCAGAAAAGACGGCCGAUGCUGUGGAUCUGGCUUUUAGAAAGUCUCUAUGUAAGACAAGUGUCCCCUGGGCUCAUCCUGUGGUCACCAGAUCAGUCGCUCCUCCUCCACCGUCCCCCAUAAAAACUGUUAAAACACAGAGUCCCGAUGUGGAUACCGUAAAGGAGGCUCCAUCUUUGCUUCCUGCUGCCGCAGAGAUCAGUGUAAAUAAAACCAUGAUGGACGACGACGUAAACAUGGACAUGACCGAAGCUCAGACCGGCUGCAUUUUGGGGGAAACGGACGUGCCACCAGAGUUGAGCAGCGACGCGCUGGGAGAAUCCAAACCCGACGGCGAGGAAAUCACAAAACCCCACGAUUCUCUUCAAUCACAUGAAAGCGGCGCCGGGUGCGAACCGAGACCUCAAACUGGUCCUCUGUUGCACGAGACGGAGAAUCUGUGCACUGCCGUCGACAGUGAUGCCGGCUCAGCACCUUCGCAGAGGUCCGGGCGAAUGAGUUUGGCCGAUCUUCAGUCCAAAAUUACGUUUGAUGCUGAAGACGAGACCAGAACUCCUGCUCACGUUGCAACUGAUGUCCAACUGCAGUCUCAGGCGAAGGUGGACUUCCCACCCGCUUGUGGGGAGAAGACGGUGAGGUUCACUGCAUCCGACGCCGCUAUGGAUGUGACGAGCUGUCACACCGUAAACAUCGCCAAAAGCUUUGAACCACAGUCCGACCCAAACACGGGCUCCUUACCGGCUGGCUGGGAGCAAACAGUAAGGUUCUCCUCUGCUGACGCUGCGAUGGAUAUGACCCAGUUCCUCAGUGUGCAUUUUGACCACAUUCCAGCGUCCGAUUCACUUCCACACCGAGAUGCUGACAUUUUACCCACCCAUGAAAACAUGAAUUAUCCUUUAACGGCAGAAAAGACGGCCGAUGCUGUGGAUCCGGCUUUUAGAAAGUCUCUAUGUAAGACAAGUGUCCUCUGGGCUCAUCCUGUGGUCACCAGAUCAGUCGCUCCUCCUCCACCGUCCCCCAUAAAAACUGUUAAAACACAGAGUCCCGAUGUGGAUACCGUAAAGGAGGCUCCAUCUUUGCUUCCUGCUGCCGCAGAGAUCAGUGUAAAUAAAACCAUGAUGGACGACGACGUAAACAUGCACAUGACCGAAGCUCAGACCGGCUGCAUUUUGGGGGAAACGGACGAGCCACUGCCGUGUCCUUCUUCCCCACCAGAGUUGAGCAGUGACGCGCUGGGAGCAUCCAAACCCGACGGCGAGGAAAUCACAAACCCCCACGAUUCUCUUCAAUCGCAUGAAAGCGGCGCCAGGUGCGAACCGAGACCUCAAACUGGUCCUCUGUUGCACGAGACGGAGAAUCUGCGCACUGCCUCGCCGACUUCGCAGAGGUCCAGGCGAAUGAGUUUGGCCGAUCUUCAGUCCAAAGUAAGACGCCUGAGCCACAUAAUACACACAGUGCCUGUUGAUUUUGCCGCGGACGCCUACACGGCACCUGUGCCUCGACUAGAACAUGACGAAAAAACAAACGACGACAAGCACCCGCCUGUAGAGGAGCCUCCACCUGAAAUUGGCUCGGCAAACACAGGAGAAAGUACACAAGCUCCAACUCUGACGCAAGGAGAACAGCCCUUCAUCAGUACUCCUUUCAACCUGAAGACCAAACAACUGAUGUCGAGACUGUCGGUGGGAAAUUUCAAGGCCAAACUCCCUCAAAGAGGCAAACCGGAAGAUCUGAAGAAGCAGAGUCCCGUGGGAGAACGUACAAGGACCCUCGCGGUCAAUGUCACUGAUGAACUGAGCGCCUAUGACCACGACAACAUCUACGACGAAGAGCUCGUGACCUACGGGGAUAUGUCGGAAACGCUGGACUUGAGUCUUCAGGCAGCCAUUGAGAAAGCUUCCCACGGGUUCGUCAUGGACGAGCUUUUAGAGGAUGAUGCAUUUGAACUGGACUUCCUUGGUUCCGCCCCUGGGAAGAAGAGACCUUUGGCAGUAGAUGAAACCAACGAGGAGGAUAAAAAGAGAACGAAAACGUCCACCGAGGCGGCCGCCGAUGCUGAAACGUCUCCUGUUGUUGUGGAGUGUGACGGUUACAUUGCUAAUGCUCCGAGCGUGACGGGACCGAGCCCAGAUUACUCCAUCAGCAGCACCAGAUGUGAAGCUACCUUUGAAUCAACUCUCAAACGAAGCAUGUUUGAAUCUCAGCUUGACGACUACACCAAUGAUGUACAGAGGAAACUCAAUGAUGGCACCAUUACAGUGUUGGAGUUCUUCAAACUCUUCAACAUAGACUUCAUCAUCAAUAAUCCUCGGCAAAGCAAUUUUCCUGGCCGUCCUUUGUCGGACACGGAUCGCACACUGAUGGAUUUAUUGAAAGACAGACACAUCUUCCGUCCUCAACAGAGGGUUUAUGAGGCGGAUGUCCUCAGCCUCACAGAAAAGGUGGAGGGGCUGAAAGAGCGAAUGUGGGACCUGGAAAAGCCCCUGAAGAUUGUUAACAGACCUUUGUGGGAAGAAAUGAGAAAUUCUUCAGAGAAAGAGUUCAAAUCCUUUGGUGCAAAACUAAAAGAGAGAAAUAACGUCUUCAGAAGGAUGAGCAAAGUUCAGUCCCAUGAGAUGAAGGAAGUGUUGUACUCAAAGCUUCUGCAGGCUAACCGGGAGGAGCAGCAGAGGUCAAGAAGAACAAUCGAGGAAGCAGAUGAGAUGCUAAAAAGUUUGGAUGACUGUAUUCAGGAGUUAGAAACCGAACUUACUGCAAUUGAAGAAAAGGGCUUUGAAGACAAGCCAAGUCUGAAAUCACGUCAAGAAGAAAUGCAAAAGGUUUCUGAGGCUUUGGCCGAUAAUGACCAACAAAUAUCUCAACUGGAGCUGCAGAAGACGCAGAACUCCAAAGAACUGAAGAGGCUGAAAGCUGAAACGAUGAAGCUCGAGAGCCACGUCAGCGUGCUGCAUAUGGUGAAUGAAUGGAAGUUGGCUGAAAAGACCGACAACGGCACCACCUACACUUUCCUCCACAAGACCGUGCAUCUGGAGCUGCUGUAUGAAGACUCCAGUGGAAAAGAUUCCAGUAAUCAGUCUGAGAGGAAAAUCUCACACCUCACAUUUAAACUUCAACUUGAUGAUGAGAAGUCCCAGGGCCACGCCCGCCUCGUCCACAAACUGCUCUCCGACUUCAUCGAGGGAGAAGGCGACUGGGCGGAGAAGUAUCCAACGAGCAGACACGUUCCAAAGCUGCUCCACGACGUCGGCCUGGUGGUGAGUCGCUGUCGUCUGCUCGGGGAGGAGUUGCGUCUGCUGGAACUGUGGGGAGGUCUGAGGCUCGAUAUUCUCCACAUCAGCUGUUUGGACACUCGAGUGCACAUUGUCUUCAGCCGUCUCAAGGCCUUUUCUAAGUUUGAAGUGAUCUUCUCCGUCAGUUUGGUCAACCACCUCUAUGUGCUUCAAGUACAGAGCUUCAAAAACGUCAUCGGAAACACAACAAUCCAGCAGAUCGAGGAAAUUGUGUCCUCGUUCAGUCCAGCCAAGAACGUCCUGACGAAGAUCAUCAAAAGGAUUCAUGACGAUCUGCUCUGUUGAGACCAGGAAUUUGUAUUGCAAUCGUUUUAUUUUCAAACUUUUGUACAGUAUGGAUGUUUGACAAAGUCUUGUUAAAAAUGUGUUAAUCUUUUUAAAGCCAUUUAAUAAACAAAUAAAUAAAAAGUGCAGUAAAAAAUACAGGCAAUCCGUUUUAGCAACAGCUCCUGUCUUGUGUGUAGCAUGUGUUGCUGGAUGUCAUUAAUUGCAAUCUUUAAGGUGAAGAUAUCUAAAUAAAAUACAUACAAUUUGGAUCUUGGAUAAGAAUUUAAAUGUGAUACAGCUACAGUGUCUACUUUAGGUUGUUCAUGUGAGUUGCAUUAGUUCUGUCAUCUGGCUGGAAAGAAUGCGCAUUAGUCCUUUUGUCUCUUCCAUAGGUUUUGCCUACAGUUUAUAAAUAAAAGUCCCAUUUUGCUGUAACUUUGUACAGUACUGAACAUAUGUGUAUAUAUAUUCCCUUAAUGUUGUCUUUAUCAAUGCUCUAAAAACUUCUUGGUUUUUGAGAAAAGAAUUUGUUGUACAUUGUCAUUCAAGACCAAACCUGGUUAAACAUGUGUUAUUGUUUGCUUAACUGAUUUUCUUUUCCCCGAAUGCAUUAGCUGAAUGAAGAUUAAUCUGCAGGUUUCAUGCUAUAGUCGCUCCUUCAUCUGCGUGUCUGCAACAUGAAUGUUGAACUGUUUCAGCAAUUAAUCAAUUUCUAAUAAUAAAAAAUCCCUUUGCCGAAUGGGACAUUUUCUAAGUCA